AUGUCGAUCUCUUCAGCCACCGGAACCGCCCUUUUAGAUGCCGAAAGUCCACUCUUAGAAGACAUCGUCCAUGGCUCCGUCGACUUCAAAGGCCGCCCUGUCAGCCGUCCCGGAUCCGGUGGUUGGAAGUCCGCUUCCUUCAUCAUAGGUGUUGAAGUGGCUGAGAGAGUUGCUUACUAUGGAAUAAGUUCGAAUUUGAUUAGCUAUUUGACGGGUCCAUUGGGCCAGUCCACCGCAACUGCGGCAGAGAAUGUAAAUGCGUGGUCUGGAACGGCGUCACUUUUGCCACUUUUGGGUGCUUUUGUGGCUGACUCGUUUCUCGGUCGCUACCGGACCAUUAUUAUUGCCUCUGGGCUAUAUAUCCUGGGACUUGGCUUCUUGUCCCUGUCCGCUAUUCUCUAUUCAUUCAAAUCUUCCGACUGCCAGAAUGCUGCAAAUGACACAGCAUGCUCUCCACCAGAGUUUCAAAUUGUUAUCUUCUUCUUGUCUUUGUAUUUGGUUGCACUAGCACAAGGAGGGCAUAAACCUUGUGUUCAAGCUUUUGGAGCUGACCAGUUUGAUGAGCAAGACCCAAAAGAACGUAAAUCCAAAAGCUCGUUCUUCAAUUGGUGGUAUUUUUCCAUGUGUGCAGGUACUCUAGUGGGUCUCGCUUUUUUGACUUACAUUCAAGACAACCUAAGUUGGGGUCUUGGCUUUGGAAUCCCCUGCAUUAUCAUGAGCCUUGCGCUAAUAUUAUUUUUGCUUGGAACAACAACUUACCGGUUUAGCAUGCAAAGUGAUGAAAGAAGCCCAUUUGUGAGAAUUGGUCAGGUAUUCCUGAAUGCGGCUAGAAACUGGCAGACUACCCCGGCUGCAAUAUCUAAGGAAGAGGAAGUUCAGGGUAUUCUGCCAUAUGAAGGCUCUCAACAGUUCAAAUUUCUUAAUAAAGCAUUGCUUGCGUCUGAUGGUUCGAAAGAAAAUGGGAAAGUUUGUAGCAUCAUUGAGAUUGAAGAGGCAAAGGCAAUUAUCAGGCUUGUUCCAAUAUGGAUUACAUGUUUGGGAUAUGCCAUUGUAUUUUCACAAUCAUCAACCUUGUUCACCAAGCAAGGAGUUACAAUGGAUCGUUCUAUCACAUCUAGUUUUCAAAUACCAGCUGCAUCGCUUCAAUCUUUUAUCAGCCUUGCAAUUGUUGUCUUUAUUCCUAUCUAUGACCGUAUUUUGGUUCCUAUUGCAAGGGCUAUAACUAGGAAACACUCGGGCAUAACAAUGCUCCAACGUAUUGGAACAGGUAUACUCUUAUCUUUUCUUUCCAUGGUAAUUGCAGCAUUGGUUGAGAGGAAACGUUUGAAAACUGCUGCUCAAUAUGGAUUGGUGAACAUGCCGAAAGCAACAGUCCCAAUGAGUGCGUGGUGGCUGCUACCACAGUACUCGCUUUUAGGAAUAUCGGAUGUAUUUACGAUGGUUGGUCUUCAAGAGUUCUUCUACGACCAGGUUCCUAGCGAGCUGAAAAGUAUCGGUCUUGCUCUGUACCUCAGUAUAUUUGGCAUAGGUAGCUUCUUGAGCAGUUUUCUUAUCUCUGUGGUGGAGAAAGCUACCAGUGGCCCAAGCCGGGACAGUUGGUUUUCAGACAACCUUAAUCGGGCUCAUAUUGACUACUUCUAUUGGCUACUAGCUGGAAUUAGUGCUGCUGCAUUAGCUGUCUACUUGUACUUUGCAAAAUCUUAUAUAUAUAACAAAAGAAACAAUAUUUGA